UUCAACUGAAAAUAACUUUUUAUUUUUUUUACAUAUUUGUUGGACAACAAAUUUGAAGUGGUGGGAAAGCGGAUAAAAGCGCAACGAACUGGAAAGUUUUUGGUCAAGAAAAUUCGCCGAGCUUUUGUGGGCCAACAUGCAAAACCAGUAAACACACGGAAAGCAAAAGAAGGCCAGUGAUAGUCGGUUUUGUUAAAGCGCCGCGUCAACAACGCCAAUAUUCGGGUGUACAACGAAAUUUCGUGCUAUUUUUAACUGAUUUGCAUUGCUGUUGUGUGAGUGUUGAGGAAAUUUUUAGCUGAGUAUAAAAUUGUUAAGCACAAGCUUCGAAUAGUGAUACUGUGUUACCUCAACAGAAAAACUCUAGUGGCAGUCCCGCGUGGAGUGCUUACGUGACGUCAUUUACAUAUGUAGUAACAUAGCAUGGCUGAUACAUGAAAUUUAAUAUAUGUACAUAAUUAUUACAAAGGCAAUAUUGUGCGCGCUUUAAACUGUGAUUCAAUCGAGCUUUCUUUACAAAGCAAAAAAAUCAAAACAAAAGCGUCAGUGUUCUAUUAUUAGUCAUAAAUAUAAAUAUUUAAUUAAGUUAGUAAGAUGCAAGCAGAUAAAUAUCAACUAGUGCGAUAUGCUCGGACUUGUGUGCGUUUAUUCCAACCGCAACAAAUACACACAAACAAACAACAAACACGUUUAUUAACACAAUUGGGAAACCAGCGAAAUCAGUUGAAUUUAGUAGGUGGUACUACGCUCGCCAACACUAUAGUGAACAACAAUUUUACUGCCAGCGCUACCAGCAUUGCCGGCAUCUUUUUGCAGCAACGUUAUCAACAUGCCCACCUCCGUCGACUGCAAAGCAAUACUCACAACCGUCAUAGUAACUUCCGUCAGCCACAUACAAAUAUUUGUACACAAGCUAUAACGCCGUUACGCGGAAAAUAUCCAACCGAUACGGCCCAUGAGCCUUUGUGUUCGGAACGCGCGCGUGAAUUGGUCUACAAUUUGAAGGAUUCGGAGCGUGAGGCUAUCAAGAAUGCGCUAGCGAAGUAUGAUUCUGAUCGCCAACGGGCGGGCUAUGAAGGCAAACUUGCAGCAACACAAUGGCGCACACGCUUCGGCCGCCCCUCGCAGGUGCCGCGACUGGGCGAAGUUGAUCCCACAGGCCGUUAUUGCGCCUUUCCUGAGGAUUGGCUUAAACAAAGAGCGGCGGCCAAGGCUCCACCUCCCACAAUGGCAGAUUUGCGGCGAAUUUGCAUAGUGAACGCGGUGCCAUUCAUCGCUUUUGGCUUUCUGGACAAUUUCGUCAUGAUAGUUGCGGGCGACUCAAUCGAAAGCAUAUUUGGCGCCUUCAUGUGCAUCUCAACGAUGGCCGCCGCUGGUCUCGGCAACACGGUGAGCGACAUACUCGGCAUCGGUUCGGCGUACUAUGUGGAACGUGGUUGCGAAAUGAUGGGCUUCCGCCUACCCGACUUGACGCCAGUUCAAAUGGAAAUGAAAUCCAGUCGGCACUCAGCCAAUUUGGGUCGCAUUGUUGGCAUAACAAUUGGUUGUCUCUUAGGUAUGGUUCCUCUGCUCUUUAUGAAGAAGAAAGAUCCAAGUGAAGUUGCGGCUGCAAAACCCGAAAACUGUUAAGGCUCCAAAUUCUUCGCUUACAUUUUUUUUAAUUUCCGUUCCAAAAUUAUAUUAAGUUUAAAUAUACAUACGUAUGUAUAUAUAUGUAGAUAUGUGCUUUAUUAUUUUCGCAUAAAAUCGAUAUAAGAUGAUUUUUUUUAAAUAAUUUUAAAGGUUAGAAUUGAUUUUAGCAAUUGGUGUGACUCAGGCUCAGAUGCAAUAAAUGGAAGAAGACUACACAUAUGUCACAAGUACAUACAUAUUGUACAUAUAUAUUUAAUUAUGUCAACGAAAAAUAGUUCAAUAACAUUAAAAUACUGAUUUU